UACUUAUUUUUCUGGUAGGGUCUCACAUUUUUGCCUGGACUAACCUCAGACCAUGAUCCUCCUAUCCAUAGCCUCCCACAUAUCUUGGAUGCUACUACACCCAGUUUAUUGAUUGGGAUGGUGUCUCCUUGACGUUUUGCCCAUGCUGGCCUCUAAUUGAUACUCUCUCAAUCUCUACCUCCUGAGUAGAUGGGAUUAUAGCCAUGAGCCAUUUUUAAGAAGCCUCUUGCUUGAUGUUCAAAUGUUUGAGGACCAAGUUGUUAAUUGAUUUCUGAUUUAAUUUAGUUGUGGUCAGAGAGCAUACUCUGAUUUUAGGUCUUUGAAAUUUAUCAUGACUUGCUUUCUUGUCCAGCCCAUGCAAUAUUUUGGUGAAUGUCCCAUGUAUCUAAUAAUAAUAAUAAUAAUAAUAAUAAUAAAAACCCUAUUAUGGUGAUCUUGGGUUAUAUUUUUCCUAAAUGUCCUUUAGGUCAAAUGGGUAUGCAUGAUUUUAGAUUUGCUCUGUCCUUACUUCUACUCUUGAUUUUAGCCAAAGACCAAGAAGCAAUUUCCCUAACUUCUGCAUCCAUUCCCCCCUCUGCCUCUUCCAUCAAUUACUGAAAGAAGUAUAUUAAGUUAUCCAGGUGAUAUAGUUAAUAUUGGAGAUGUGUCCUACAAGCUGAAAACUCCCAAGAAUCCAGAACUUGUGCCACAGAACUACAUUUCAGACUCCAUGACUCAAUCUGUAGUCCAGCAUCUGAGGUGGAUAAUGCAGAAAGAUCUUUUGGGGCAAGAUGUCUUUCUAAUUGGACCUCCUGGGCCUCUCCGACGCUCUAUUGCUAUGCAGUACUUGGAGUUGACAAAACGGGAGGUUGAAUACAUAGCCCUGUCAAGGGACACAACUGAAACUGAUCUCAAACAGCGGCGAGAGAUCCGUGCAGGCACAGCGUUUUACAUUGACCAGUGUGCAGUUCGUGCUGCCACGGAAGGCAGAACUCUCGUUUUGGAAGGCCUAGAAAAGGCAGAGAGGAAUGUUCUGCCUGUGUUGAACAACUUGCUGGAAAACAGGGAGAUGCAGCUGGAAGAUGGACGCUUCCUGAUGUCUGCUGAGCGCUACGACAAACUUCUCCAAGAUCACACUAAAGCAGAGUUGGAUGCCUGGAAGAUUAUCCGAGUCAAUGAAAAUUUCCGAGUGAUUGCCUUGGGUUUGCCAGUGCCCAGGUACCCUGGGAAUCCGUUAGACCCCCCUCUCCGAUCUCGAUUCCAAGCUAGAGAUAUUUAUUUUCUACCUUUCAAGGACCAACUUAAGCUAUUAUAUUCAAUUGGAGCCAAUGUUCCUGCUGAGAAGGUUUCUCAGCUCUUGUCCUUUGCCACGACUCUCUGUUCCCAAGAAUCUUCUACUCUUGGACUUCCAGAUUUUCCUUUAGAUAGUUUGCCAGCUGCAGUUCAAAUCCUGGAUUCCUUUCCUAUGAUGUCAAUCAAACAUGCAAUCCAGUGGCUGUAUCCAUAUACCAUUUUACUAGGACCUGAAGGAAAGAUGGCUGUGGAAGGUGUUCUAAAACGCUUUGAGCUCCAAGAUUCAGAAAGCUUUCUGCUUCCUAAAGAGAUUGUAAGAGUGGAGAGGAUGACUGAAAACCAUGUCUCUCGAGCUUGUGUGACUGUCCGAGUUGCAGGAAAAGAGGUGACAAUUAAGGUGCCAGCUGGGACCAGACCAUUAAGUCAAUUUUGUGCACCAGACUGUUUCAUUCAGACGCUAAGUCAUAAGCAGCUACUGGCUGAAAUGAUGCAGUCUCAUAUGGUUAAGGACAUAUGUUUAGUUGGAGGAAAGGGCUGUGGAAAAACAGUCAUCGCUAAGAACUUUGCUGAAACCUUAGGAUAUGACAUAGAACCUAUUAUGCUCUACCAGGAUAUGACAGCACGUGAUCUGCUGCAGCAGAGAUACACUCUUCCCAAUGGAGACACUGCCUGGCGAUCCUCACCCCUUGUGAAUGCUGCUCUGGAAGGCAAGCUGGUCCUGUUGGAUGGCAUUCACCGGGUCAAUGCUGGGACACUUGCUGUGUUGCAGAGGUUAAUCCAUGACCGGGAGCUCAGCCUCUAUGAUGGGUCUAGGCUUCUGAGAGAAGACAGGUACAUGCGCUUAAAAGAGGAACUGCAAAUGUCUGAUGAGCAGCUGCAGAAGAGAUCCAUUUUUCCCAUUCACUCCUCCUUCAGAAUCAUUGCUUUGGCAGAACCCCCUGUUAUUGGAAGCCCAACACAGCAGUGGCUGGGACCAGAAUUCUUAACCAUGUUCUUUUUCCAUUAUAUGAAACCACUUGUCAAAAGUGAAGAAAUCCAAGUGAUUAAGGAAAUGGUCCCAAAUAUACCUCAGGAAGCAUUGGACAAAUUGUUAUCAUUUACACACAAACUCAGAGAGACCCAGGAUCCAACGGCACAAUCCCUGGCAGCAUCCCUUUCUACCAGACAACUCUUGCGGAUAUCUCGUCGGCUGUCACAGUAUCCUAAUGAAAAUCUUCACAGUGCUGUUACUAAAGCCUGUCUUUCCAGGUAACCACAGUCUCCUUUCUUACCAAAUACAAGUCUCUGGGUCUUUGCUAAAGUAAUAACAAAAGUUU